AUGUCACCCAUCCCCAUCACUAUCAUCACAGGCUUCCUAGGAUCUGGAAAAACUACCCUUCUGCUCAACCUUCUUCCCCAGCUCCGCGCACAGAACCCUUCCUACAAGCUCGCCCUGGUGAAGAACGAAUUUGGAGACGUCGCAAUCGACAGCCAGCUCGCAUCGGCCUCGUCAAUUACCGGUGUGCGCGAACUUCUCAAUGGCUGUAUAUGUUGUAACCUGGUCGGUCAGCUUGACACGGCUUUAGAAGAACUCCGAAAUACCAUCAACCCCGAUCGAAUCGUGAUCGAGACAAGCGGCAGCGCAUUCCCCGCCACGCUGGCCAUGGAGGUGAACCGGCUGGCGAGAGAUACGAAUGGCGCCUAUCUCCUUGAUGGUGUGGUGACUGUCAUAGACGUGGAGAACUGGAAGGGCUAUGAGGAUACCAGUUACACAGCGAAGAUCCAGGCACGGUAUACGGAUCUGAUUGUGCUGAAUAAGUGGGAAAUUGCCGGAGAGAGAAGAUUAGACGAGUGUCUUGAUCGUGUAGGUGACCUGGAAGUCCAGGUCGCUACUGUCAAGAGCGAUAAAGGCCGGGUACCAAUGGACUUGGUCUUUGGCGUUGAUGGAGCUUUGGCAAGAAGCCUGGGAACAGAAGCCUCUGAUGGCGAGACUGCCAACGGUCAUGCUGCAGGCCAUGAUCAUGCAAAGAGUCAUCAGAGCGAAGUAGAGGUGUUGUCCAUCACUCUUCGGGGUGAUGCCGGCUCAACCGUUGACACUUCCAAGCUGGAGAACUUGUUGAAGUCUGCACCGAAGGAUGAGGUAUAUCGCAUCAAAGCUGUACUGGCCGCCUCAUCACCUGUUCCAUCCCCGGAUGGCAAUGUUAUUGAAGCCGAGUUGGCCGAAAGCGGCCGCUAUAUACUCAAUUGGGCGUUUGGAAGGUGGACAUGCACCGCCAUGUCAAGCGCGAGUGACGAGCACGAAUCAAGUACUGGCGAGGUCUUGCGAAUGACGAUGAUCCUCGCUCGGUAUGAGAGUAAGAAAUGGAAAAAGAGACUUGAGACGAGUGGCUUUAUCGCCUUAGAUAACGACGCUGAUGGUACUCUGGACGUUGAAAAGAUCGCAUGA